AUGAAUUAUACUAAACUUGAUACAAAAUAUAAAUUUAAAGCUCUUUUUUCAAAAGAUUUAAGAGAUGAAAUUGAAGAAAAGGGAGUAUGUUCUAAUUGUAAGAGUCCAAACACUGGAGAAGACUGGUGUAAUAAAUGUGAUCCAGGACAAUGGAUACCUUAUGAUAGGCUUCAAGAUAUUAAACCUAUUGGUAAAGGAGGUUAUGCUGUUAUUUAUUCAGCUACUUGGUUGGAUGGAGAACCUAAUGAACUCCAUAGAGAACGUAUUGGUCCUAUUACAGUUGAACUUAAAAAAUUUAAGAGCUCAUUAAAUAUCAUGGAAGCUCUUACUAAAUGUAAUACUGGUAGCACUGGAUUAUAUGGUAUAACAAGAGAUCCACGAUCAAAAGAACCUAUAAUGGUUUUAGCAUAUGCUAAACAUAAAAAUUUAAGAAAUUAUUUAAAAGAAAAAUUUUCUACUUUAAAAUGGGAACACAAAUUAAAUAUAUUAUUUUUUGUUACAUUAAAUCUUCAAGUUAUUCAUGGAUCAGGAUGUAUUCAUAAAGAUUUACAUAGUGGAAACAUACUCAUUGGUUUUAAUGAUCCAAUGUUUAAUUUAGGUGAAUCUUUAAACUCUAAAUUGAGUAGUCUUGUACUUCCUUAUGUAGCACCUGAGAUCUUGGAAGGAGAACCUUAUACAGAAGCAAGUGAUAUUUAUAGCUUAGGGAUUAUUAUGACAGAAUUAACUACAGGAAAACCGCCUUAUGGAACUGUACCUCAUAAUGAUGAUCUUACACUUACAAUUUGUAAUGGUUUAAGACCAAGAGUUGCUAAAGGAACACCUAAACGUUAUAUUGAUUUAGUAAACCAGUGUCUUGAUGCAGAUCCACAAGAAAGACCUUCUAGUAUUGAAUUAUAUAGAAUAUUUGAAAAUUGGAAAUUAAAAUUAGAAGAUAAAAAACCAUCAAAAAUCUUUGACGAAUUUUCUGAAGCAGAUAAAUUGUCUUAG